AUGCAUAUCAGCAGGGCACAGGGCACCCUACUGCUGGCUGGCUACAUCACUUACAUAGUGAUGGGUGCCUUCGUCUUCGAGCUUCUCGAGAACGAUCACCACAAAAGAGUAGAAACAGAAAUUUUUCAACGGAAAGAGGAGUUUUUAAAGAACUACACCGCUCUCAGCCCAGAAGAGGUGGAGCUUUUCCUAGUGAAUGUGAUGAGUUCUGUUCAGAUGGGAAUAGAUCCAGUAGGAGACCGUCCUCAAGAAGAACACAGCAGCUGGGAUUUCGCUAAUUCUUUCUUCUUCGUGGGAACUAUGUUAGCCACAAUAGGCUAUGGAAACCUCUGUCCCCAAACGAAAGAAGGUCAGAUCUUUUGUGUUAUUUAUGCUCUCUUUGGAAUCCCCUUCAACCUCAUCUGCUUGAACUAUAUUGGCUUUUUAGUCUCAGGACUCUUCGAACGCCUUGCAGAGAAAGUGCAUGGGAAAGAAAACAAGAAAUCAGCAGUUUAUAUUACUGUGUUCGUGGCUAUGGGAAUUCUAAUGUUUCUUAUUUUGCCAUCGUUCCUCUUUAAAUGGAUGGAGGGCUGGAGUUAUUAUGAAGCUGUCUAUUUUACAUUUAUUACACUCAGCACCAUUGGUUUUGGAGACUAUCUAAUAGGAAAGAAUUUUGAGAGGAAGUAUUUUCCGGGCUACCGGCAGAUCUCAGCCAUUUGGAUCAUCAUGGGUUUGGCCUGGAUAGCUGUGCUGUUUGAACUGGUAUCUUCAUUACUGGCACCUGUGGAACCGAAUGAAAGCUCACAAAAAGAGAGUAGAGGGGAAAAAUAA